AUGAAAUGUACGCUCGCUGUUGAAGGAAUGACUUGCUCAUCUUGUGUACAGUAUAUCGAGAAGAAUAUAGCUAAACUAUCAGGUGUGCAAUCUAUUGUGGUAGCUUUGAUCUCGGGGAAAGCAGAAGUAAACUAUAAUCCUUCGCUAAUCAACGUUGACAAGCUAAUAGAGGAAAUGAAUUCACUUGGAUAUCGUACUACUCUUAUCGACUCACCAUUUUCCGCUUUCAGUAAAAUUCACCUAAUGAUUGGUGGGUUAAAUAGUGAAGUUGAUGUAAAUCGCAUUGAGUCUCACGUCAUCUCCAAAAUGGGUGUAGAGAGCUGCCACGUAUCUCUAGCUACAUCUAUUGCUACCGUUGAGUUUUCCCCGUCGGCUGUUGGGCCGCGAGAUCUUAUUUCAGUUAUUGAGGGUCUUGGAUACACUGCAGAACUUUCCAGUAAAGACGACCAAAUGAAACGCCUGGAUCAGUCAGAAGAAGUGCGAAAGUGGCGUACAACAUUUCUUAUAAGCUUGAUUUUUGGAGUUCCUGUGAUGCUUAUUAUGGUAAUAUUUCACUGGAUUUUACACACGCCUAUGCAUCCUGAAAAACAAACACCUGUGAUUUCACCUGCUCUAUCGCUUGAUAACCUUCUUUUGCUGUUGUUAUGUACUCCAGUACAGGUCAUCGGUGGUCGCUAUUUUUACGUUGCCUCAUGGAAAGCACUACGCCACGGCCAAGCGAACAUGGACGUUCUGAUCGUGUUGGCUACGACAAUCGCUUUUAUAUAUUCAAUACUUGUGCUCAUUAUAGCGCUCGUUUUGAGAUGGCCAUCAAGCCCAAUGACGUUUUUCGAUGUUCCACCUAUGCUAAUUGUGUUUAUUUCACUUGGUCGUAUGCUUGAGCACAAAGCAAAGGGGAAGACUUCUGAAGCAUUGAGUCGUUUAAUGUCUCUUCAAGCGAAGGAGGCCACCCUUGUCACUAUGGACGGUGAGAGGCGUAUUACAUCAGAAAUUGGAAUUAAUAUUGAAUUGGUACAACGUAACGACCUUAUUAAAGUAGUGCCAGGUGCGAAAGUCCCUGUGGAUGGCAUAGUAGUGGACGGGAAAAGCUCAGCAGACGAAUCCUUCAUUACUGGAGAGUCAAUGCCAGUAGUGAAGGUACCAGGAAGUAUGGCCAUUGGAGGUUCCGUUAAUCAAAAAGGAGUUCUUAUCAUAAAAGCAACUCAUGUUGGUCAGGAUUCAACUUUGUCUCAAAUCGUACGACUCGUCGAGGAAGCACAGACGAACAAAGCUCCAAUUCAACAAAUGGCUGAUCAUAUUGCGGGUUAUUUUGUCCCCUGUGUGAUUUUUUUGGCUUUGCUUACCCUCCUUGCGUGGAUAGUAAUCGGAUAUAUGUCACAGGAGUAUAUAGCUCUGUCUGCAACGAGCCGUUUUGAAAGUAUUAUGAAGGUGGCAUUCGAGGCAGCGAUCACCGUAUUAGCUAUUGCUUGCCCAUGUAGUCUCGGGCUAGCCACACCCACUGCUGUGAUGGUUGGUACUGGAGUAGGUGCCACUAAUGGUGUCCUCAUCAAGGGUGGAGAACCUCUGGAGUCUGUGCAUAAGGUUACAACCGUGAUUUUCGACAAGACUGGCACAAUUACUGAAGGAAAACCACGAGUGGUUUCCAUAUUUACCAUGCGGUCACCACAGGAUAUGCCACUACAAGUGCUAGCGCUUAUAUGUGGAUCAGCAGAGCUACAAUCAGAACAUCCAAUCGGGACAGCCAUUACCACUUUCGCUAAACAGGCCAGGAUUCUUCAACAUAUCUUCUCAUUUCUUCAGUGGUUGCAAGAGCCUGUAUGGGCAGCUAUAUCUCGGUUCCAUGUUUCAUCUGGUCAUGGUGUGUCCUGUAAAGUCUCAGGUGUUAAGAAGUCCCUCGCUUCACUCAAAGCUAUGAGCUCACCUGUUCUUUCCGAGGGUGAAGAAAUUGUUCUCUUCGAUUCUAUUUAUUAUAAACAGGUGUCGUGUAUUCCCAUCUCGAGAGCCAACAAAGAUUCGGAUACCUAUGAGGUUGUUAUUGGAAGUGAAAAAAUGAUGGAAAGGUACUCUAUAGCUGUUGACAAAGUCAUUUCUGAAGUGAUAGCCAACGAACAGCAAAAAGGGCAUAUUUCCGUGCUCUGCGCCAUUAAUGGCAGGUUUUUCUACAUUACAAAGCGUAACAGUGGAGAUGUCGUGUCAGUGAUUUCCAUUGCGGACCAAGUUAAAAAAGAAGCAUCUAUGGCUGUGUGGGCUCUCACCCAAAUGGGAAUGAGAGUCGUACUGUUAACUGGUGACAACUCUAAGACAGCUGCUUCUACAGCUAAACAAGUUGGCAUCUCCGAUGUAUUUUCCGAAGUACUACCGAACCAGAAGCAAACUAAAAUCCAUCAGUUACAAGUUUCUCUUGCGUCGGCCGAUGUAGGGAUUGCUAUCGCGGCUGGUAGCGAUAUAGCCAUUGAAAGUGCUGAUAUCGUGCUUGUGAGGAAUGAUUUGAUUGACGUUGUGGCUGCAAUACAGCUGUCAAAGAAAACUACAAGAAGAAUCAGACUGAACUUUCUUUUUGCCGUUGUGUAUAAUGUAAUUGGUAUACCAAUCGCUGCUGGAGUAUUUCGACCGUUUGGAUUUAUGCUACAACCUUGGAUGGCUGCGGCAGCGAUGGCGCUGAGUAGUGUUUCUGUUGUGACGUCAUCAUUACUCUUGAAAACAUACAAGAAACCAACUUAUGGUUCUUUAUAUUGCAGUGAGUUCAAGAGACAUGCAAAAGCUUUAGAAGCGGGUCGUUUCGAGGUAAACGUUCAUCGUGGUUUGGAUGAUACUGGGGUGUUCCGAGCAAGUUCUCGUUUAUCUGUAAUAUCGAGUAAGAUGGGAUCAUUGUUAGGGUCAACGUCAAGUAUGAUCAGUGGAUCUAGUAACAGGAGACCCAGAUUGCUAGAUGGAGGAGAGAAUUCGGAUUCUGACGAUCAUGUGUUGUAA